CAACAUACACCGACGAAUCAAAUCAACAAUGACGUAACGCUCGACCAACUCGCAUUCAGUUCGACCGUCGUGGGGGAACUCGAAAAUGAAAACAUACGGUUUCUGUAUUUGUUGCAGUAGGCUGUGAAAGCCCCUUCCGCAAUAUAGACGAUUGUUUAUACCGUUAAGCUCGCUUUGUAUUCUCGCGGAUUUUUACGCAACUUCGAAUCGCGUAAAAAUGGCACGAAAGAGGUGAAAAAUUCCCUUUUAUUUGUAUAAGUGGCGAGUGAGAGAAUGAUUUAUAACGGAAAAAUAUUUUACGGCGAUGCCAAAGCCGCCUGCGUAGGAAUUUUAGUGUAAAAAUGAGAUUUUAAAUGUGUUUGUUGUUGUAUUUAUACAUUAGGUAAUUCAUUUAAUAAAAUGGAAGUAGUAACUGGCAAUAAAUUAAUUAAAAACAGAAAAAUUCACUUCACUCGAAGCUCGAAAACUAAAAGUUUAAAUAGAAAUCAUAGUAUUAAUAACAAAAAUAACCGAAUAUCCAGGUCUAACUCGCUUAGAAGUUCUUUUAAACAUAACAAUAAAAAUGGCACUAAAAAUAUUGAGGAACUUAACAACUAUAUAAACAAUAACAGGAGAGACGGGCAGAAUCAGGAGGAAGUCUGUUUUGGCGAAUUCACCAGAGAGGUGUAUAAUGCCAUCUGCGUACGUUUAGGCGAUACUCUACACAUUCCGGAAGAUUCUGUACAGGCUUUGUUUAAUGAUAUGAAACUAUUUCCGUCCAAAUCACAAGUGACAAAAAUGAUCCAGUGUGCGAGGCAGUGCAGUAGGAGAAAUGGUGCUGCAGACUACAUCACUUUUGGAGAAUUUUGUGUUUUCGUCAAGGAAAUGCAAAACCAACCUCCCAAACAGCAAAGAAGGUCCACACCUCCAAAAAUUAAUAAUACAAAAUGUCUAAAUAGUAAAUGUGAUGUUUUCCUUGGAGGAUCCUGUAACCCAACAACAUGGAGAGCAGAUACAGCAAUUCCAGAGUUACAAAAAAAUGGCAUCUCUUUUUAUAAUCCUCAAGUGUCAAUGUGGGCUCCUGAACUCGUGGCACAAGAGUAUGAUGCAAAGCAGGCAGCUUCAGUGUUACUUUUUGUGAUAGAUAGCCAAACUAGAAGUACAGUGGGGAUGAUAGAAGUUGCCUACCUUAUAGCUUCUGGAAGGUGUGUUGUAGUAGUUGCGCAGCCUUAUGAAAAGGCACAGACCAUAAUGGGUGAAGUUAUAACAGAUAGGGAAUAUAGAGAUUUAGUAAACGCACAAAGAAUUUUAUUGGAUCUGGUUAAAAGUAAGGGGGUAAAAGUCCACAAAAACCUCACUACUGCUCUGCAGUGCACUGCAAAUAUCUUAAGAAAUUCUUCUACGAAUGGUACCAGCGCAGAGGAACAAAUUACAAGUAAACUUAGGAAACUAAGGGAUAUAUAUGACUCCUAUGGAGGCGGGAUGAAACCAGCAAAUGUUUUGGAAGCUUUCAAAAAGUUAACCAACCGUUCCCUAGAAAUGAACCAAGUAUACAAUUAUCUAAACUCCACAAGCAAUUAUAAUAAUUCCACUGUUAGUUUCGAGAAGUUUUGUGCCUUAAUGGCGGAAUUUUCAACCACGGACAACUGCGAGAUGUGUACUACAGAUGUUUGGGCGACACAGUCUUUCCAGAGGCAAUGUUCUACAAAUAACAAUACUUGCAGUCUCAACAAUACGCACGUCAGUUGUUUAAUGGAAGCACCUCCGGAGGAAAUAAACGACGAUAGUGUGCCUAGCAGUGAUAUAUUUUUAGGAGGAUCCGCGUCGUCGUUACAUAAAUGGAGAAGCGAGAUAGCGAUACCUUUAAUCAAAGAACACGGAUUGAAAUACUAUAAUCCUGCGUUGAGGGAAGGAGAAUGCUACACGUAUAAUGGCUGUGAUGAAGAUAAGUAUAUCCGAAGCAAUUCCUCAGAUGUUCUAGAUUGGAAGAAGGGGCUAGACAAGAGUAAAGUACUACUAAUUGUGAUCACGAACGACACUCGAUCAAUGACCAGCAUCAUUUUGGCAGCUUUCUAUUUGGGCCUUAAUAAAGAUAUGGUCUUGUGCAUCCAAAAUCUUCCAGAUGAUUGUAUGAUUGGCAACGAAACGUUAACGAAAAAUGCCGUCAAAGAUUACAACAGGGCGAGAGUGUAUCUGUCGGACUUAGCGAACAGGAAACAAGUGCCGGUAUUCGACAACAUCACGAAAGCCGUCGAGUGCGCGAUAGAAAAGUGCAAGAGCAGGUAGAACUCAGUUGGGAAAACGGACCCGAAUCGAAAAUUUCGCGGUUGUUUCUCAAUCUAUCGUUUUCUCUCUGAAAAAUUAGUUAUCCUUUGAAGGCUGCUCUCUGUUGGGGAAAUGUACCGAUUGAAAUUACGCUUCAUCACGUUGUUAGGUCAGUUUUUUCAAAUUACCUACGUAAAAAAUUGUCCGAUGUAUAAUUUACCUAUAGUAAAAAGAACUGUGAUAAUUAAUAUUAAUAUUUACUUUAAAUUUUAAAUAAUAAAACUCAUUUUCAAUGCAACUCUUUAUAUAAAUUUCUAGAGAAGCAUGAGUAAGUAUCACGCUCAACAGAAAUUACUGAGAUAACGACUAACAUUAUUAAAAACUCUUCUAACAGAAACAAGCAAGUCACUAACAGCCUCAAAUCCAAAUUUGUUGAAAAAUUACAGGAAAAUUUUCAAGUUGCUUUCAAGUGCAAAUGUUUGCACUAUUUUAAUGUAUGGUUUAUUUAUCAUGUGUAGCAAGAAAAAGAGCGACCAUUGAUGUAUAAAUGCAAUGGACAGCCGGAGUGUGACGUCAGGGCGGUCAUAUUGUUGUUAUUACUUUCCAAACAAAAGUUGAAAUGCCCAAUCUCAAGACUUUUUAAUUUCUAUAAAGUUAACAUUUUGCUUCCUCUGCUGCUUUUUCUUUUAAGUAUAGUGUUUUUUACGAUAAUACCAUCAUAUCAUAAUUCAGUAUUCUAUUUUUAUGAAAUAUAGUUUAAAAUUUUAAAUUAAAGAAAUUCCAACCUUACUUUAUUGAUACAUGCAUUUUAUUGAUAUUUUUAUAAAACAACAUGUUUUAUUAUUUACACAACCUUGUAAAAUUGUUGUAGUAACUAUUAGAAUACUUAGAUAUUCCACAAAGUGGAAAAAUUAUGU